AGUUAGGCGGCAUGAGGGAUAAUGGUGAGUCGUCCGAGUCAGAGAAAAGUUGGGGCUCUGAGGACGAACCUGCCAAUGAACACCCUAGCAGAGUUGCUACACGCGGGAGACAUGUCCCGCCAGUUCAGCAGAUUCAACCCGAAUCGGAACCCAGUAUGGACUGUUCGGAACCAACGACAACAGAUCCAUUAGAGGAGGAGGAGGACCCAUGGUCCGGGGGGCAAGACCCUUGGGCAAAUGGUAGGGAUCCGUGGAGUGGUGGUGGAAGUCAGGGUGGAAGUGCCAAUUCCACGGCACCAGAUCCACGGGAUGGCCAGGAUCGAUUGGCCAAGCCAAAUCCGGGAGCGCAGGCUGGAGAUCCCUGGGACAACGGAAAUGAUCCGUGGUCAAAGGGCAGAACAAAUGGCAAAGGCACAGCGCCUGCAUCGACAGUGCAAGGAAAAGGAACAGGAAAAGAAUCCUCUUCGACAGAGGACCCGUGGACUCGCAAUGACCCGUGGGCGGAGGCUGCAGCAAAGGGGCAGCAAUCACACACAGGGGGCAAAGGAGCACGUCCCAAGCCUCCGCCCCCGAAGCCUCCGUCUUCAGACGGUGAAGAGCCGCAGAAUACACGGUCUCGAACUGCAAGCGGUGUUGGGACCGCGGGCCAAUCUCGGCAGAGAGGAGUUGAUGGGGAGAAGAAAGUCGACUAUCUCGACUACGCGAAGAGGUGCUUUCGACUUGGAGCGGCUCAGAGUCGUUGCUGUGCGGUCGAGGUUCAGCCUAACAAGAAGAUCACCCUACCGGGCUUCCUUCGAUGCGAGUUGGGAGAAACUCUCUUGCUGCGAUUCGUGAGGGAUGACUUCGCACUGCUGGAAGACUUCCCAUCGAAGACAGGCCAAAGAAUGGGGUGGGUUCCUUUGGAUAGCAUGAAGCCGGUGGAGCCGUAUGACUUUCAGGUGAAGGUCGUCAGAGAACCAGGUAGCCGACUGGGCUUGCUUGGUGAAGAACUUGACUUUCCAGAUGAUGUGACAAGAAUCAUGGUCGUGAAGGUGGACGAGCAAUCGGUACUAUCAGCAUGGAAUGACCGGUGUCGCGAGUGCCACCCGAGAGAUCAGAUUCUUCCAGGAGAUUUGAUAAUCGCCGUCAAUCAUAAAACUGAUCUGGAAAGCAUGUUCGAACAGCUUUCCACGGACGGACAACUUCUUUUCCUUGUGCUGCGGCACGAACAACGGCUACAUCCAUCGUGGGCAUCACUUGCGGGCCACGAGCUGGAGUUUUUAGGAAAAGGAGAGAGUCCACCAGGCCGCGCGCAACCAGAGGAAAAACUCUACAGGGAAAUAGAACAAUUCCAAUGACGGGGAGGCCCUGCUUGAAAGCAAGCGGAGAGUAGCUAGCGCGUGCUGUACACUGUACAGUCUGUACAGUCGUACACUGUACAGUCUGUACAGUCUGUACAGUCAUCCCCGGGAUGGCUCGGCUUAUGAAAGCCACAUCUGGCAGAACCCCUCCUGCUGGAACAUCUGUUUAUAUCCAUUAAAUUUGCAUUCCGAACAUCC